GUACAUGAAGUACCUCUACCCCUACGAGUGUGAGAAGCGCGGCCUCAGCAGCCCCAACGAGCUCCAGGCCGCCAUUGACAGCAACCGGCGCGAGGGCCGGCGCCAGAGCUUCGGGGGCUCGCUCUUCACCUACUCGCCGGGCGCGCAUGGCAUGCUGUCCUCACCCAAGCUGCCCGUGUCCUCCCUGGGCCUGGCCACCAGCACCAACGGCAGCUCCAUCACGCCGGCCCCCAAGAUCAAGAAGGAGGAGGACUCGGCCAUCCCCAUCACGGUCCCUGGACGCCUGCCCGUCUCCCUGGCGGGACACCCCGUGGUGGCCGCCCAGGCAGCAGCAGUGCAGGCAGCGGCCGCCCAGGCAGCCGUGGCUGCCCAGGCCGUCGCCUUGGAGCAGCUGCGGGAGAAGCUGGAGUCUGGGGAGCCACCCGAGAAGAAGAUGGCCCUGGUAGCCGACGAGCAGCAGCGGCUCAUGCAGCGGGCUCUGCAGCAGAACUUCCUGGCCAUGACGGCCCAGCUGCCCAUGAGCAUACGCAUCAACAGCCAAGCCUCCGAGAGCCGCCAGGAUGCGGCCGUGACCCUGGCCGGCGCCAACGGCACCAGCAGUAUCAGCAUGUCGGUGGAGAUCAACGGCAUCGUGUACACAG